AUGGCGGCGGCCACUGCCGGAGGCGUUGAUUCGGCCCUGCAGGCGGCCGAGGUCUUGGAGAGCAUCUUGAGCGGCUCCGUGGGGCCCGAGGGGCGGCAGGUCCUAUGCACGAAGCCCACGGGCGACGUGUUGUUCAGCCGGGACGGGGGCCGCCUCCUGGAGGCGCUAAACGUAGAGCAUCCCGUGGCCAGGAUGAUAGUGACUUGUGUUUCCAUGAAUCAGAAUGUGACUGGAGAUGGUGCUAAAACAUUCAUUAUCCUUCUUUGUGAUUUACUCCGAGGACUUAAGGCAAUCACAGAGAAAGAAAGAGGUUCUUUUGGGGGAAGUAUUCCAAGCCAAGAAAGACACUGGAAAAAUUGUUGCCAGUGGAAAUACAUUUCUCAAGCAAUUUUGACAUUUCAGGCACAUGUAUUAGACUACAUUAUGGCUCAGUACUUGAGAAAACACUUUUUGACCAUCUUUUCUUUUUCUGGAGAAGAAAAAAAAGUUUGCAGGAGCUCUCUAGAAUCACUAUUAGAUGCAUAUUUUUGUGGAAGAGUAGGAAGAAAUAAUCAGAAAUUUAUUUCCCAGUUAACUUGUGAUUAUUUUUAUAAAUGUUUGCAGCAUGAAGAUGGCAAGGAUGAAAUGAUUGAUUUAGUAGAUGAAUAUUUUCUGGAAUUAUGCACUGCUGUCACAGGACUUCCAGUUUCAAGUUCAAAGAUCAUAUCAGGUUUUGUUAUUCAUAGAGAUUUUUCUGUUUACUGUCCAGCAGAUGGUGAUAUGAGAAUAAUCAUUGUAACCGAACCCAUUCAGCCUGCACUUUCUACCUCUGGUUCUGAGCUGCUUGUAAAUUCAGAAGCACAAUUUCAGGCAUCUCACAUUUGGAUUACAGAAAAGACAAAAACCAUAAUGAAAGAUUUGCAAAGUAAGGGUAUAAAAUUGCUUUUAUCUAGUGUGAAGCAACAAGAUGCAGUUAUUUAUUAUGCAAAGCAGAAUGGCAUUUCAGUGGUAGAGUAUAUACCAUCAGAGGAAAUUUCUCUCCUUUGUAGGAUCAUUGCUCUAUCACCUUUUAUACCAUCUUGGGCCACUUCAGAGUGUCAUAUCUCUGACGCUGCCUUAGUGACAUUUUGUCGACCCAUUUUGCUCAAUUCCAGAAGGUAUGUUCAUCUUGGCUUACUUAGCACACACUCUUUCAUACCUCACUGUUUAGUUCUUUGUGGACCGGUCCAAGGACUCACUGACCAGCAUAUUCGUGCUUUUCAUGGAGCAUUUAAAGUACUCCGGCAGGUCUUUAAGGUACUUUACCUCAGUUACAAAGUGCAAAGAAGCAACCAAAAUGAGACUUCGAAUUCUAUUAAUUCUAAAGAGAAUAAACAAAGUCAUCAUUUGAUAGAAGUUUAUAGAGCUUUGUUUGAAAAACAGCAUCUGGACUCUGUUUUAAUGAGUAAAGAUAAUCCAUCAAGAACUCAAUCUCAUUUAAGAGGCACUCCAGAUUUAGUGCUGUCAAGUAUAGAAUCAGAGAAUGAUAUUCCAAGUACAACUCUAACACAGACACAAAAAAUUAAGGAGGAUUUUGAAUCCCUAUUGUGUUCUUAUCCCAACAAAAUUGGAAUUGUUGAUACCAAGGAACCACUUGUAGCUAUCAACUGUAGUUGUAAUGGUGAUUUCUUGACAGAUGUUCCUGAUGAUCAUUUAAGUGUCAUUGAACAGACUUGCAAAAUGAGCAAAACAGCCAUAGACGUGACAUCAAAGGAGGUAUUUCAAGACACUUCUCAAAGUUACUGUACCUCCUUUAUACAGGCUGGUUCUGUUUUACCGGUCGGAGGUCACUUUGAGAUCCUAUUACAUUAUUAUCUUCUUGAUUAUUCCAGACAGUGCCAAAAGCCAGAAGUAAGUAUGAUCAGUUCAUUAAUAGCUAAUGCACUGCUGAGCCUUCCAAAAACCCUUUAUAAGGCUAAGAGAGGAAAUAAAAGCUUUUGUCAUGUGUACUUAAGAACUAUGCAUGCUCUACAAGCUAAGCAGGGGGUGGCAGGGAGUCCAGCAGGCCUCGAAUCAGUAGCUUGUAAAUACCAGUUACUGACAUCAGUGCUUCACUGCUUGACGAAACUCUUAACCUUUGACUUGGUCAUCAGUAUUAAUAAACAGCCUCAAAAGACUGGUGAUGAAGAAUCGGAAGAGGAUGAGUGAAAAUAGUUUUGUCCUCAGUGGUUUUUUAAAUCUGGCUCUGUCUAUAAAGGACAGGUGGAGAGUUGUCCCUCAGCCUAUUUCUGUUGGUCUCUGCAAGAUGAAACUACAAAGUUAGGGCCCAGACUGGUGAAAAAUGUAAUAACUUUAAAAGCGUUUCACAUUAGUAUGGUUCCAAGCACCAUGGUCGUUCUGUUUGUUUCUUUUUGUCUAUAUCUAUUCUAGUUAGUGUUAACUAUGCCAGAGGGAGAAAGUAGUAAGAGGUUUAUCUGUCUCUUCCCUUCAUUCCUCUUUUCCAUUCUCUUUCUGUUUUUUGUACAUUAACUGUCCAUAAUAUAGAUCAGAUAUAUAUUUUUAUUUAAAAUACCAAACAAAUUUCAGGUUCUUUUUUGCAUCCUGCCCUUAAUUAUAGUAGUUUCCACUACUAUUUAUUCCAUAGCCAUACUAAUAAAGAAUACAUAUCACAUAAUUUUAUUGUGGUUCUAUUUAGAUUUCUGCUUCAGAUAGUUGCCAUCUGUUAUUUAACAAGCAUUGGCUGACCCUAGGUCAUUGAUGGGAAAAAAUUACUUAGAAAAUGUUUGCUUAAAUUUUUUUCUUGGAAACUAAUGGCUUUAAUCUGAAUAGAACAAACAGCCUUGGCUAAACUGAUAUUGACAUCUGAAUAUUUAAAAUUGCAUUUGUAAUGUUUAGAAAUGCCAAAUUGGGAUGCCUCUGCAGGGACAAUCUACUUCUCUUUUCCCUAGCACUAUCUACAGGGCUUUGUACAGUAAUUGUUUAAUAAAUGUUUCUUGAAUGAGAGA